GGCGGAAAAGAAACAGUGCUCCAUACAGUCAUGCUGGCCAUGUGAUCUUGGAGACAUCUACGGACAAUGCUGGCUCUUUGGCUUAGAAAUGGAGAUGAGCACCGACUAGACGUAAUGUCAGGGGAAAACCUUUACCUUUACCUAUGGCCAUGUUUCAAAAGCAUUCUCUCAUGAUGUUUUGCCCACAUCUAUGGCAGCGUAAGUGGCUGAGGGAGAAAAGGCUCUGAAGCUGUUAGGAAUGGUGGGAGUUGAAGUCCAAAACACUUGGAGGGCCCAAGUUUGCCCAAGCCUGCUCUAACCACUACACCCACUGGCUCCUCUAUCUGCUGGAAAGGAGAUGCCCACCUUUUGAGCUCCCUCCCUCCUGAGACACCCCUCUCCCCAGCAUAUUUGUUCAAAGGCGGUGGCUAAUUACCUUUCAAACAAACAAGAGGUGCCAGGGCUCGAAACCGGUCUGGGAACAACACCUUGUUUUCAAACCCUCCUUCCUUAACGCCCCAAGUGUGGGAAUUGCUUGUAAUGAUUACUCGGCAGUGAAGAAAAGACACUCUGCCCAUGCUUCAGGGCAUCCUUGUUUGUUUGGUUUUUAACAAGACAAAGCUAAGUCCAGGAAUGAAUUAAACUUUGGUAAAAGUAUUUGAUUAUGUGAGGGAUAUACAAAAACAGGCUGAUUUCAGAUUUAUGAGACUUUUAAAGAAAACCCACUCGUUUUUGUGGAAAGUGUGAUUGGGAUUUCAGAGUGGCUGUGGAUAUACAGUAUUGUAAUAUUUAGUCGUUUUAAUGACACAUUUUUAAUUUUUUUUACAUUUUUAUGUUAAUACAUUUACAUUGUUUUAUUUUGCAUUGUGUCAUAUUUACAGUAGAGUGUCACUUAUCAACAUAUACGGGCCGGCAGAAUGUUGGAUAAGUGAAUAUGUUGGAUAAUAAGGAGAGAUUAAGAAAAACCCUAUUAAACAUCAAAAUAGGUUAUGAUUUUACAAAUUAAGCACCAAAACAUCGUGUUAUACAACAAAUUUGACAGAAAAAAGUAGUUCAUUACACAUUAAUGCUAUGUAGUAAUUACUGUAUUUACGAAUUUAGCACCAAAAUAUCAUGAUAUAUUGAAAACAUUGACUACAAAAAUGCGUUGGAUAAUCCAGAACGUUGGAUAAGUGAGUGUUGGAUAAGUGAGACUCUACUGUAUUGGGUUGCUGUGAGUUUUCUGGGCUGUAUGUCCAUGUUCCAGAAGCAUUCUCUCCUGAUGUUUUGCUCACACCCAUGGCAGGUAUCCUCAGAGGUUGUGAGGUCUGUUGGAAACUAGGAAAAUUGGGUUUAUAUAUCUGUGGAAUGUUGAAGGUGGGAGAAAUAACUCUUGUCUGUGUGAGUCGGGUGUGUGUUGCAAUUGGCCACCUUGAUUAGCAUAGAAUAGCCUUUCAGCUUCAAGGUCUGGCUGCUUACUGCCUGGGGGAAUCCUUUGUUAGGAGGUGUUAGCUGGACCUCAUUGUUUCAUGUCUGGAAUUCCCCUAUUUUCAGAGUGUUGUUCUUUAUUUACUGUCCUGAUUUUAGAGUUAUUUUUUUAAUACUGGCAGCCAAAUUUUGUUCAUUUUCAUGGUUUCCUCCUUUCUGUUGAAAUUGUCCACAUGCUUGUGGAUUUCAAUGGCUUCUCUGUGUAGUCUGACACGGUGAUUGUUAGAGUGGUCCAGCAUUUCUGUGUUCUGAAAUAAUAUGCUGUGUUAGCUGCCUUGAAUCCCUGUUAUCAGAAGAAAAGUGGGCUAAAAAGAAUAAACAAAAUUGGGGCACUUCCGCCCCCUGGUGGCCACUCUGAGGAAAGCACCCUUUGAAUGUCUCCCUCCCUCCAUGCAUGCAGUGCAAGCAAGCUCCUCCCUAUCCAGGAAGCAAAGUCUGAAUCAUAGAAAGAAGUGGAAAGACAGUUUUACUUUUGGAGAUAACAGUGCCCAGGAGUUGCCUGUAUUUAGGCUGAGGAAGAGACUGAGAAGCCUUCGAGAAAAGAUUGAUUUUCCAUUUGUGGUGAUGGCUGAAGCAGAUCUCUCCCUGGUGAAAGAACCUACUGGGCUCCUUUCUGACAACUCUGUGGAACCACUGGAAGACCCCAGUUCAGUCCAGACAGAGAAGCUGUCUCCUGAAACCAAGCCUACUUGCCACUUUUUCCUAGAAGGACGUUGCCGCUUUGGUGCCCGCUGCCGAAACAGUCAUCCUGGUGACACGGCCGACACCAGUCAUGUCGAAGAGCACAAGCUCAUCUGCAAGCCUUCCGAACUCCCAAUGAGCAAGAAGCCUCCCAUGAAAACAGCGGAGGAUGUUAUCUCCCGUCUCCUGUGGGACCACCAAGUACCAACUGAGUCCUUCUCAAUCGGUUACCUUGACCGUUUUUUGGGGGUGGUGGAGCAACCUUUCACCGCUUUCUCCUGGGAGGAUUUGGCUUCAGCUGGGCCUGGCGUGUUGGCUAUCCCCAAACACAGGAUUCAUUAUUUCAAAUACGGGACUCGUGUGGUGUGGGACAAAGUCAGUCGCACGGAUGAUGUUUUUGGGUCCACCGGAAGUGGAAUAACCAUCUUGGAGGUGAUAAAGGAAGAAGAGGAGAAAGAUCAGGCCGUCAAAGAGAAGAACGACAACCAUCCUUCAAAUGAAGGUGGAACAAAGGACACAUCUGCUGUAGGACAGAGGGUGGCCAAGGACAGUGGAGAGGAGGAGGAUGUGUUGGUUUCAGCUGGAGAAAAACAGCUGAACAGGACGGGGACUGGAAAUAAUGAGGACAAAGAGACUGGGGAAGCCAUGGGUAGUUUGAAAUUGACUGGAGAUAUGUAUGUCUCCCUGGAUGGCAACACUGUGACCGAGGGGAUGGAAACAGGGUUAGUCAGUUCAGCUGCAGAUGGAAAAGUGGAUGAACACAUCCUCGGCAUCGAAGAGGAAGGUGAACCACAGACGGACUGCCUCAUCUUGGAAAGUGGAGCAGGGAAAUACUUCCCUCGUCCUAACAAGCGUCCCACCCAUUUCAUGGCUAUCCGUAUCACCAGCCCUGAGAUCCUGGAAGCUGUGAAAGGUUUCCAAGAUGCCCUUUGUGAGCUUCGCCCAGACUUGGCAAAGUUCUGCAUGCCCUUGGCUAGUUUACACCUCACCCUUGGCCUACUGUGUUUGAACACCCCAGAAGAUAUUGACAAAGCGGUUGCGGCUCUCCGAGAGCUACAAACCAGCAGGCAGCCUCUUCUGCCUCCAGGCCUGCUGCUCUCCUUCCAAAGGGUUGAGACUUUCUUUUCACGGGUGCUCUAUCUGGCUCCAGCUCCUGUGCCUCAACUGGGUAGAUUGGCCCAAAUGUUGGAAGAUGUCUUCAGCAAGAAGGACCUGCGUGUAGUUUCUCUUCCAGACAAAGAGAAGCUCCACUUGACCAUGGUAAAGAUCUCACGACGGAAGGGAAUGCCACAACUGCCGGGAGACCUCUCAUGGAUUCCCACAAUUGAACAUUUAGGAACACAGGCAGUAGAGACGUUACGCUUAUGCAAGUGUGGGACAAGUUCAACUGAUGAGUUUUAUAACACUGUGUAUCAAAUAGAUUUAUAUUGAAUAUAUCAUGCCACAGGAUUGCAGCUUUAAAGCCCAGAUUUACUCUAUGUAGGAGAGCUGGACCAGCAGCACCCCAUGAGAAGGCCGACAGUGUGGCAAGCUCUGCUGGAGGAUAACAGUUGGCCCUCAUUUGUGGUUUUGAUUAUUUAAUAUUUUCUCUCUAGGGAUCUUCAUGUCCUCAAUGGUCAAAUUCCAGCAGCUGUUAACUAUAGAGGCAUGCUGGAGAACCUAGAGAGAAUACUUCUCUAGCAUUUAUAGGCCAUCCAGAACAAUUCUUUUGAAAGUUGAUCACAGGAUCGCACUGAAGGACCUAGAGAGGCAUUCUCUCAGGUAAAAGGUGUUUUUUAUUAACAUUUCCCCCACUUUCACAGGGGUCUUGUGCUUCUCACCCUAGCAAAUGUGGAGGGAUGACUACUUUCCUUGGCUGUGCAACACAAAGCAAAUGCCUUCAAGAAUCAGCUUGUCAAUGGAUGGAGGGUAGAACUACAUGGAAGCAUUUGCCUAUAAAUAGCAGCUGGGCAAAUGCAUUGUACCUGAAUACCUUCCUGUUGCCAUUAGCUGCUCAGGAAAAAACGUUGUGAAAGGAGGAAAUAGAUAUCUCCUUAUAUCAUUUCUUUAUAGGUAAUUGUAUUACAUUAUAAUUGUUUUAAUCAAGUAAAUACAAUGAUAUUUUUGGAUUUUAUGUUAAAUUUUGAUCGGUUUUGAAUCCCAAUUCUUUGGUGAACAUAGAAUAUACAUAUAAGAUGAUAGGUAAUGCAAGUAACUCAAAAAAUUCACAGCAAUGAUGGCAUUAAUGUGAUAGGAUUGGAAAAGGACAGAUAAUGGCAGUUUAAUCCCAUUUCAAGUUAACCUGUGCUGGCUGCCUCAAAACAGAUUUCCAUGGUGGUAAAACUCGGCAAAUAUAAAAAUCACAUUUUAUCCUGAGGCACAAAGCAGCAGCUAACUGCCCAUUUAACUUCCCCAAGCUAGAGAAAUAAAAAGGUCAUUGUAUUAAAAUAAAGUGCAGGGUUUAUAAUAGAGAAAUGUCAUCUUUUCUAUGUCAGUUUUUUUUUAAAAAAAAGUUAAUACUCUAGAACUUCUAAUAGAGAAGGAAAGUAGUUUGUCUGAUAUGGCUUGCCCUUCAGUGCCACACAAAGCAUGGCUUUGUAACAAGUAUAUAAACAUGACCCAAGCCUUAGUCCUAAGGCCCUUUGAAAUGAAAGGCAAAGAAGUAUGCUAAUUGUCAUGACUGUUUCUCAUGACAAACUCCAAGCACCAUGUACACGCAGUUUGCUAAAAUGGAGAAGACUCUUUGGUGGGCUGAGACUCAAAGCCUCCUUGUGGAAUUGUUAAAAACCUCCAAAACCCAAAGUUGUGGUCAUGGGUGACAGAGAUGGUGACAACUUUCCUUUCUGGUAGUUCAAUCCACACACACUUUAUUUCAUGAACAAAAUCAUAUUAUGCAUAUAAUUCCUUUCAGAUGAUGUAAUAUGUAUAUGAAACAUGAAUUUUGUGUUUAGACUUGGUUUCAAUCUCCAAAAUACCUCAUUGUGUAUGAAGAUGCAAAUAUAGGUAUUCCAAAAUAAAAACAUGGAAAUCAGAAA